GCUGGUUUUUGGUGUGGAAACUAUUCUUGUCUCGUUUCAAGUUGGUGCGAGAGUUGCUCGGAUUGACACAGUCUUCCGAUUCGCCGACACAUUCGGAAAAUUCAUCAGACGGUAGUAGACAGCGGAAGACAAGUUCCCGGAAGACAAGAAAGGAUUAAUCCCUAUUUGUUACUAGGGAAAGGCAAGUUCGGUCUUGUAUAUUCACAAUGAACAUCCGCUGUGCGAAGCCUGAAGAUUUGAUGAAUAUGCAGCAUUGCAAUUUGCUAUGCCUUCCGGAAAACUAUCAAAUGAAGUACUACUUUUACCACGGAUUAACCUGGCCACAGCUUAGCUACGUUGCUGAGGAUGAGAAAGGGAAUAUUGUUGGCUAUGUUUUGGCAAAAAUGGAAGAACCAGAGCCAGGCGAGGAAAGCACUCACGGACACAUUACCUCACUGGCCGUGAAGCGUUCGUAUCGGCGGCUAGGGUUGGCCCAGAAACUCAUGAACCAGGCUUCCCACGCCAUGGUGGAAUGCUUUAAUGCACAGUAUGUUUCACUGCAUGUUAGAAAGUCGAACAGAGCUGCCCUUAAUCUGUACACCAACUCGCUGGGUUUCCGAAUUUUGGAGAUCGAGCCCAAGUACUACGCCGAUGGCGAGGACGCGUAUUCAAUGCGGCGCGACCUUGCGGAACUGUCGAAGGUCGUUCUGGCCACCCGGGAAGCCAACUCGAACGCGGAGAACAGUGACGAGAUUAUUACCAACUACAGAAGUAACCACGGCAAUCACGCGGGGCAUGACGGACACUGCUGCUAAGGACUAAUGGAUGGGGGAGGAAAAUAAAACUGAAAUUAUGUAGCAUGCAGAAGGUGAUGUAUCUGGAAUUUUUUCUCCUAUUACUUCUAAAACAUGGUUUAAUAGAAUCUUAACCAAAUGAA